UUUGCUUCCGGCACCCGGCUCUCGCGCUCCAAAGUCGGGGCUUCCGGCUGUCAAGUGGAGCGGAUCCACAGCCUCAGGCUUCGGGACCUGGCGCUGAUGGCGGCGGAAUCGCCUUCGUGACGUACCCGGCGCGCAUACGACGUCAUCAGUCACCGCCGCGAGCGUCCGUAGCGCAGCGACCUCGGCGCUGCGAGAGGUCCUCCGAGAUGCUGCGGUUGUUCCAGGCCGCUUCCCGGGCCUGGCUUCGACCCUCUGGCUCCCGGGUCAUCCACUCUCUAGCGGAAGGCGCGGAGCGGCCGGCGGAGAUUUCAGAGCCGCGAGAUAGCGCUGGUCUCCUAGAUCCUGUUUUGCGCAAGUGUGAGCUCCGGAUCCCAGUGCACCGGCGCCCGGUGCAAGCCUGGGUCGAGUCUCUCCGAGGCUUUGAACAGGAGCGCAUCGGCCUGGCGGAGCUGCACCCCGACGUAUUUGCAACGGCGCCCCGGCUGGACAUUGUGCACCAGGUCGCCAUCUGGCAGAGGAACUUCAGGAGAAUCAGCUAUGCUAAGACCAAGACCAGGGCUGAGGUGAGUGGUGGUGGCCGAAAGCCCUGGCAACAGAAAGGCAGUGGCCGUGCCCGGCAUGGCAGCAUCCGUUCUCCCUUAUGGCGAGGAGGAGGUGUAGCCCAUGGUCCCCGGGGUCCUACAAGUUACUACUACAUGUUGCCCAUGAAAGUGCGGGCACUGGGCCUCAAGGUGGCCUUGACUGUCAAGCUCAUGCAGGAUGAUCUACACAUUGUGGAUUCCCUGGAGCUACCCACGGCAGACCCCCAGUACCUGACAGAGUUGGCCCAGUACCGCCACUGGGGGAGUUCCGUGCUCCUUGUAGACUUAACACAUGAAGAGAUGCCCAAGAAUGUCGUGGCAGCCACUUCAGGGCUCAACAAUUUCAACCUGAUCCCCGCAGUUGGCCUGAAUGUGUACAGCAUGCUCAAGCACCAGACUCUGGUCCUCACCCUGCCUUCCGUCGCCUUCCUGGAGGACAAGCUACUCUGGCAGGACUCAAGAUACACUCCGCUCUACCCCUUCCGCUUGCCCUACAGUGACUUCCCCUAACCCUGCCCUGGUCACCUAGGGGCCUGCCCCACUUGGGGGCCAGGUCAGCACCCCAGCCAUCCUGCAAAAACAGCAGUUCCAUGGGAGCUGUUGGACCUUGUUGCAAGGAGGGGACAACUGCACAGAACCAAGAUGAGUACCUGCCUGGGAUCUCUUUUGUCACAUUAAAAAUAAACCCUAUUUUUCACAAGACUUG